GAUGCUCAGGCAGCAUACUGCCAAGGGGAGGCAAGCAAGAGAGGGGGGGAAAAGACAUUAUUUUCUUCUCCUGUGAGGUCUCUGAAAAGCAAAGCAACAGCAUCUUUAGACAAGAUGUGCUCUUGCAGGAAUUUAAGUGGAAGAGACAAAGAAACCAUGCUACCAGCAGCAUCAGAGAAAAAAACUGAAAUCACCAAGCAAUGAGAAUUCAGUCCAGAGAAUCUGAGGAGAAGAAAAAGCAAAUUGGCAAACAGAGAUCAGUCAGGAAAUAAUUCAUGUAGAAAGGGAUACAAAAAAUGUGGUGUUUGUAACAUUUUCACAGCAGCAUCGUCAUAAAAAUUCUGUUCUGGAAUUUCCAUCAGGGAGCGACGAGCGCUGCAAUUAAGAUCCAAACGACAUCCUCACUGCUGCAGCUUCUCCAAAGAACAUCCUCCCUUUCCACAGGGAGAUCAGCAUCAAUAGAGGCUAAAAAACUCCCAAAUAACAUCCUGAUGGGAAUAACCAUCCAAAACAUCACAGGAAACACAGCAAUGGUGAUUUGGCCAAAAAUGGCCAGUUGUGUCGACAGCUUUUACAGCAUCAUGUACCACCCUAACUGGAACAGCAGGCUGUCCAGCUACUCCAGAAAGAGCUUCCAGAGGGAAGAGAGGGUGCCCACCACUCGCUCCUCCUUUGUUGUUGAAAACCUGACUCCCCUCACGACGUACAUCAUGUGCGUGACCUGCCAGUCCGCAAACCCCUCCAGCGACCAGUGCAGGGUUUUCAACACGCUGGAGCGAGACCCGGCAUCGGCGAGCAGCACCAAGAAAGAGCUGGCUCUGGGCAUCUGGCUCACCAGCAGCGUGCUGCUGCUCAUCAUCGCCGCCGUGCUGCUCUACGGCUGCCUGCACCUGCUGUGCCGCAGGAGACACCAGCGCCUGCAAGAGCGGAGCAGGAGCUCCAAGCGGGAGCCUGAGGAGCCAUGGACCAAAAGCACGGCGCACGCCUCGGAUGAGUUCAGCAGGCAGAGCCAGCACACACGGGACGCUGAGGAAAAGCACCCAGGUGGCAUCCAGCUGGCCACAAUCAUAGAGAAUCCCUCAGCGUGCAAAGAGCCCAUGGUGACAUCUUCUAAAAGUCAGGAGCGAGUCCCAGUAACAGGACAGUGCUCUGCUAUAAAUUAGAAAGGUUUCUGCCACGUAAGGCACCCCAGCUACUUCAAACACACCAGGUGCACUGUUGGUGCUCACAGCAGGGAGCUCUCACUGCUCACUGCAGCACUCCUGGCUGUACCUCUGAUUUCACAUCCCUUUCCAAGACCCUGUAUGCAAAGGUUCACAUGCCCAAGAAGUGAGCACCUCACCCACCCUCCAUUAUUUAAAAAUGAAGCAUGUAGCAAGUAAUUGGUUUACAUUUCAAGGGGAUUUUUCGUUGCUUUUCUUUAACCUAAAACAGCAAACAAAUAUAAAAAGCAACCAAAAGUGACCAAAAUAAUUUUUGUUAACUAGCAUGAAUUUUUAUUCAUGAAUUUUUAUUCAUUUAUUUAUUUAUAACUCCUACUCCUGAGUAGGAGCUUUCAGAUGGCAACCCAGACUGCUACACAUAGGCAACUGGAACAUACACACAGAGUGCAGUGGUUUGCCAGUGUGAGUUUUACCCUGACAAUCCCAGCUGCUUCCCAAAACACACACUACAAGCAGUACUACACUCAGACAACACGCUUCACUGCCCAUGGGGUUGUCCAUCCCUCCCAUCUGCACUGAGGUCACUCUAAGAAUAUAAGAUAAACUCCCCAGGAUUUUAAUUGUAUCCUCUCAUUUGUCUUAUUUCCCCUCAGUCUAAGUACAUGCAAGACAGAGACAUAGUAAGGACACGUCUAAUUAAGGAAAUAUCCUGGGUUAUUGCAUUUUGUGCUCUUCUGCUCCCACCACAAGCUACCUUCUGCUCCAUGGGCCAGAGACUCCCUGCAGAGGAAAUGGAAUUCAGAAAUGCAGCUCCUGGCCCUUCCUUUUCUCUUUCCCUUUCAGUUUUAAUGAUAACAUGCAUUAAUCAGCUGCAAAUUUCAUUCCAAUUGCACAGUACAUUCUGUGUAAUGAAGGGGAGCAAAAUAGUAAAAAUAUGCCAAAAUGCAUUUUUUUUUUGUAACAGGAAAACCUGCCGAUCUCACUCUGCCUUGAGCUUCAUGGCAAAGUGCCAAGGUCCUUCAGACAGAAAUCUGUUCACCCUCACAAUGUUACAAGAGUUGUCUGAUUUACAUGUAUAAGUCAUCCUGUUUUAAACCUCUUAAGUGUAUUUGUGUUCUGUAAAAACAUAAUAAAUCUUAGUAUUGCUGUA